GCGCGUUUUGACUCCGGAGUGGCUGCGUGCAAACGGGCCACGCCUCUGCGAUUCCAGCUGUCAGUGCCGCGCGGGGGGCGUGAGAGCUGGCUAUUGACUCCACUCAUCCAUCCCCAAACUAAAUCACCACGCUGUCAGAAAACCCCGGCUUUGCUGAGGUUUCACGUGCAGCGUGGCUCCUCAGAGGAGUCACCUUUUUCCAUCCCCAUCCCAACCCAAGUGCCCCUAUAUCUGACAGCGCCUCCAGACUCCGGAGUGAGUGCUAAGGCUCCCCAGAACUGGUAGCAGGUGUCAGGGGCGGGCAUCCGACUUUUUGGAGGCACUCAGGUUGACCUCUUGCCUUCCACAACCUCCCUUGUCUCUUCUCGGAGCCAGCUGUUCCUCGCCGCUGGAAACCGCGCCUCUUUGCAGCAUGGCCAGCAGGCUCAGCCUCGAAGAUCCUCUGCUGCCGAUCACGCUGUCCACCCAGCAGACCACGCUCCUGCUGCUCUUCUCAGUGCUCGCCGCCGUGCACGUGGCCCAGUGGUUGCUUAGGCAGCGGCGGCAGCACCUAGGGUCCGCGCCCCCGGGGCCCUUUGCGUGGCCGCUGAUCGGAAACGCAGCUGCGGUGGGCCCCGUGCCGCACCUCUCAUUCGCACGCCUAGCGAAGCGCUAUGGCGACGUCUUCAAAAUCCACCUGGGCAGCUGCCCCGUGGUAGUGCUGAACGGCGAGCGCGCCAUCCGCCAGGCCUUGGUACAUCAAGGCGCAGCCUUCGCGGACCGACCACCCUUCGCCUCUUUCCGCGUGGUGUCGAACGGCCGCAGCCUGGCUUUCAGCCAGUACUCGGAGCGCUGGAAGGCGCAGCGGCGCGCCGCGCACAGCACCAUGCGCGCCUUCAGUUCGCGCCAGCCGCGCAGCCGCCGCAUCCUGGAGGGCUUCGUGCUAGGUGAGGUGCGCGAAUUGGUGGGGCUGCUGGUGCGCGGCAGUGAAGGAGGCGCCUUCCUGGACCCGCGGCCGCUGACCGUGGUGGCCGUGGCCAACAUCAUGAGCGCCGUGUGCUUCGGCUGUCGCUACGGCCACGAGGACGCCGAGUUCCGCGAGCUGCUCAGCCACAACGAGGAGUUCGGGCGCACGGUGGGCGCGGGCAGCCUGGUAGACCUGCUGCCCUGGCUGCAGCGCUUCCCUAACCCGGUACGCACCACCUUCCGAAAAUUCGAGCAGCUCAACCGCAACUUCAGCAACUUCAUCCUCGACAAGUUCCUGAGACACCAAGAAAGCUUUCGUCCGGGGGCCGACCCCCGCGACAUGAUGGACGCCUGCAUCCUCUCGGUAGAAAAGGAGGCGGCCGCGAAGUCGGGCGACAGGGGCGCGCAGCUGGACAUAAACUACGUGCCAGCUACUGUCACUGACAUCUUCGGCGCCAGCCAAGACACUCUCUCCGUCGCGAUGCAGUGGCUGCUCAUCCUUUUCACCAGGUACCCUGCAGUGCUGGCCCGGGUGCAGGCAGAAUUGGAUCAAGUCGUGGGUCGAGACCGUCUGCCCUGCCUAGAGGACCAGCCCAAACUCCCCUACAUCACGGCCUUUCUUUACGAAACCAUGCGCUUCUCCAGCUUUGUGCCCGUCACUAUUCCUCACGCCACCACUGCCAACACCUCUGUUUUGGGCUACCACAUUCCCAAGGACACGGUGGUUUUUGUUAAUCAGUGGUCCGUGAAUCAUGACCCAGUGAAGUGGCAUAACCCGGAGGACUUCGAUCCCGACCGGUUCUUGGACAAGGACGGCUUCAUCAACAAGGACCUGACCAGCAGCGUGAUGAUUUUUUCAUUGGGCAAACGGCGCUGCAUCGGGGAAGAGCUUUCCAAGAUGCAGCUGUUUCUCUUCAUUUCCCUCCUGGCUCACCAGUGCAAUUUCAAGGCCAAUCCAGACGAGCCCUCAGAAGUGGAUUUUUCUUAUGGCUUGAGCAUUAAACCCAAGUCAUUUAAAAUCAACGUCACUCUCAGAGAGUCCAUGGAGCUCCUGGACAGGGCUGUCCAAAUGCUACAAGCCGAGGAAGACUGCCAGUGAGAAGCCAGACGUGAGCUGGAAUUUUAGAAGUAUUCAAGUUUUGGGGGAUGGGGACUAAAGUUUUCCAGCUUCUCUCUGCUCUCUGCCUCUAAAGUGAGCAUGAAUCACCAGAGUAUUCUCAGAUCAGCCCUGGGCUGUACAGGAGCUCAGGGAAUCCCUACUUUUUUUUGAGUCAACGAUUUAAAAGGCCUAAAGAAUUUUUAUACACAUGUCGAAUGCUGGUAAUAAUUUCUCCAGGGAGCAUUCUUUGGAGAUAAAACACACAUGGGCACACAUGCAGAACUACUUCCAAUACUUCCAAUACCACGCCUUCGUGGGUGAGAUCUGAGAUUGACAUUCUGAACAUCAAUAGAAAACUGUAUUAAGUAAAGUUUCAGAAUAUAUUGUUAAAUACACCAAGGCAAAAAAUUUCAGUGUAAGAUGUGAUAGAGGAUGAGAAGGAAGAGAUUCAGACCAGAAAUUUUCUUCUCAUCUUGUCAGUACAGUAGCUUAGUUUGGCAGUGGUAUCUGUGGAUGGACUUAUCUUUUUGCCUACUGAUGUGCUCUCUUUUACUUUUUUUUUGGAUGACUCAUAAUGUCAUUUGCUGAAAAAGAAAUCAAUAGUAGUUGGUUUAGUGAUUAUAGUGGGUUUCAGUGAUUUAUCAUGAAUUUUAAAAUGUAACUUGUUAAAUUGUAAAAAUUCCAAGCUGUAUUGGUUGCCAAAGUACAGAAUUUCAAUUAUGAGAAACACCCCCCCCAAAAAAAACAAGAUUUACCAGCCCAGCUAAGCUUUGAAAUCAUGCGAUUGCAAUGCACUAAUUUUAAUACUUUGUAUAGGUUUUAAAAAAUCACCAAAUAGCAUUCAAUAUGUAUACAUAUAUAAUUAUUUGUAAUCAAUAUGUAUUAAUUAUUUUAUUAUUAAAUAGUAUUAUUUAUCAAGAAAAGGUUAAAUAAUGUAUAUCUUUAAUAAUGUCAUAGCAAAUUGAAAAGUACAACCAAUUGAAAUAGUUUUGGCUCAAAUACAUGAAAUGAGUUAGGUUAAAUCAACUACCGAUUUUUGACAUGGAGACUAAGUUGAAGCAAAGUCUUGUUUCUCAUCCAAAACUCAAGUGACAACUGAAAAAUCUAAAAACUGGGUCUGUACAAUAUAUUUAUUAAAACUAUAAAUAUAUAAUUGAUCUAGUUCAUAUGUUAAAAUUCCAAACUCUUGGCAUGCUUAAAUUUUAAUUUAACUAUAAAGACAUUCUGAUUAUUGAAGUCCAGCUGAAGAUACUGGAAAUCUGACCAUUAGCCAUUGGAAAGCAGAGAAAUUUCACCUGCGUUUCCUAUCAAUUGUGAACAAUGUAACAAAUUACUUGGAUGUUCUCUUUAUUUAGAAGAGCAGAGGGGAAAUUUCCAUUAUAACAGAACUACUUGUUCUUUUAAAUAGUUAAAAAAGAAACUAGCAUUAAUGUCAGUGUUUUGGAAAGUCAGAAUCAGAAGGAGGUCUUGGAGGCUGUUUCGAGGACUGCAUGUGCAUCCCUGAAGCCGAUCAGAUGGAUCGAGCUUUUUAAGAUGGCCGAUCCACUGGGCCGUCGUUUUGGUAACUGUGAAAACGUAAAGCUUGAACAAAAUGUGUAUGUUUAGUUUAUGUAAAUAACCUGAACACCUUAAAGAAAGUGAUGGACGAUUGUAAGAGUACAAAGUGAAGUUUAAAGGUUUAACUUUCAUAGCAUGUAAACAUCCAAAGGAAGUUGUUCAGUGUCCUAAAAGCUUACAGCUUGUUUUAUUAAGCUUUUGGAAUCCUAUCAAAAUUAUCAAGGAAGGAGUUUACCAUGGCUGUGUGUGUGUAUGUGUGUGUGUGGGGGGGGGGGGCGUAAAAGAAAAGAGUGGAAAAGUGAAAAUGAAGAAAGAUGGUUAAACAUUUCCCCACUCAUUCCAAGUUAAUUAGUUUAAAAUAUGAAUAUUUAAAGAAAAGAUGUUUUGUGUGCCAAUAUUAAAACCUAAGUUAACUUUUAAAAAAUCCACAACAUAUUAGAUCUAGUUUGUAAUUUGAAAUAUUUUAUUAGUAAAAAUUUCACAUAAUUAUAAAAUCUCAUAGCUGUACCUCUUGAAUAUGAAAAAUUGUUUGUGCCAGUAUUUUUAAAGGCACUCUAACAUGAACUAUAGAAAUGAGGCUUACCAAUACAUUUAAAUUUUCUUUGGCACUGGCAAUUCCAAAAUAUUAUUACCCCCUCCCCUCACCCCUCCAGCGAGGCUGAGACAGUGACUUGGGGCUGCCUUAGCCUCUUUAUUGUGGCAGCAAAG